UUUUUCCACUCGCCGGGCAGCCCGCUCCACUCAACAUCAACUACUCUUAAACCACCCUCUUCGCGCGUUGUUAGAGCGAUUCCCCGAAGAGCGCCAGGAACUCGCAACAAUGAAGACCGCAAGAAGAUCCACGAGUACCUCUUCCGCGAGGGUGUGCUCGUGGCCAAGAAGGACUUCAACCUUCCCAAGCAUGGCGACAUUGACACUAAGAACCUCUACGUGAUCAAGGCCCUCCAGUCCCUUGACUCCCGCGGUUACGUCAAGACCCGCUUCUCGUGGCAGUACUACUACUACACCCUCACCCCCGAGGGUCUUGACUACCUCCGCGAGUGGCUCCACCUCCCCGCUGAGGUUGUCCCCGCUACCCACAUCAAGCAGCAGCGUUCCCACGCUCCCCCCCGUGGUAUGAUGGGUGGUGAGGAGCGCGAGCGCCGUCCCCGUGCUCCCCGUGAGGGUGGCUACCGCCGCCGCGAGCAGGGUGAGAACAAGGAGGGCGGUGCCCCCGGCGAGUUUGCCCCCAGCUUCCGUGGUGGCUUCGGCCGUGGCCGUGGUGCUCCCUCUUCCUAGAGGAAUGUCGCCUGCAGGUCUUCCAAGGGUUACACGGGAUGCUGCUAGUGUGGCUUGAGUAGACGUCCAGUCAGAAAUUGCUACACUAUGCACUUCCUCAAACCGAAACAAAAAUUGGGAUUAUGCCUGGCUUUUCUGUCUCG